AUGUUGAAGCUAUGUCAAAAUAGGGUCGUUCUCUUUGACAACGAGACCAAAGGUGUCGAGCAUCGUGAGAUACAACGCAAGAAAUUGCUUGCUAUAGUUGACCUUGUUAUAUCAAGCAAUAACGGCAAAGCAUUCUCUUACCAGAUGCUCCCUCAUGUUAAGGUCUUCGUCUCGUCCCGAUCCGAAUUCCCCAUUCCCCAUCUCCCUUCCAGAACCUUCCACACCGCCGCCGCCGCCGCCAUGGCCCGAAGGAUCCUCUCCCCAUCCUCCACCUCCGCCGCGCGCCUCCUCAUCUCCCGCCGCAUCUCCUCCGCCCCCUCCUUCCCGCGCGCCCCGGCGGCGGCGGCGAAGGAGAUGCUGCGCCCGGCGGCCGUGGCGUCCUCGUCUUUCCUCCUCCUCCGUGGCGUCGGUGGCGCCAGGGGCAUGGCGCGGCGGCCCGGGGGAGACGGGUACUCCCCCGCGCGUGGCGGGGGCGGGGGCGGAGGGGACCGGGCACCCACGGAGAUGGCGCCGCUGUUCCCCGGGUGCGACUACGAGCACUGGCUCAUCGUCAUGGACAAGCCCGGCGGCGAGGGCGCCUCCAAGCACCAGAUGAUCGACUGCUACAUACAGACCCUCGCCAAGGUCCUCGGAAGCGAGGAAGAGGCCAAGAAGAAGAUUUACAACGUCUCGUGUGAGCGCUACUUUGGGUUCGGGUGUGAGAUUGAUGAAGAGACAUCCAACAAGCUUGAAGGGAUUCCUGGCGUUCUCUUUGUGCUCCCGGAUUCCUAUGUUGACCCUGAGCACAAGGACUAUGGAGCCGAGCUGUUUGUGAAUGGGGAGAUUGUUCAGAGAUCUCCGGAGAGGCAGAGGAGAGUGGAGCCUGUGCCACAGAGAGCGUCGGACAGGCCAAGGUACAACGACAGGACCCGGUACGCACGGCGGAGGGAGAACCAGCAGCAGCCGCAGCGAUGAUUCAUCACACGACCGAGGCCGAGGCCAGAGCUAGAAGCAACCUGCCGUGCUGUUUUCGUCCCCUCGACACAGCGAGUAGUUGUUAUUGCUCGGUUUUAGUAAUCCGUUUCAUGUUGCUACCCUGUUAUCUGUAUGUAUUUGACUACUUGGAGCUUGAAACUAAGAAUCAUGAUAGCAUAAAAGAAUUUUAGAGCUGUGA